AUGUUUGGGAGGCUGAGACCGCCGCCAUCGCCGGCCGACUGUUUGGAGAGAAAUCCGGCGAAGAUCAUCAAAGACGACCCUCUCUCCGUCUACGAGUCAACACUGCUCAAGCUUAAGCAAGGCUCAAGACUGGAUACUGUUUGUCCAUGUCCAGACACAGAAGGUGAGAAUCCGUCAUCAUCACCAAACUCUGCUAAUGUCUUAUCUUCAGUCUGUUCGGAUACACAAGGAGAAGCUCAUGGUGUGACUCUGUGUAAUGGAUCCGAUGCAAUGGCUAUAGACUCGGGUCUUGUCCAAAGCGAAAUCUCAAAACAGGGAAGUAACAAGAAUCCAUCAGUACUAUCCAUGUUCUGCAAGUACAAGAAUCAAGCUCAAGCACGAAACUUGUCUCACACUGUGGAUACAACAGCAACAAUAAAUUCUUCGUGCCCCAAGUGA